AUGUCGAAGACCGAGCCAGAAGACGAGCAUAUCUCCGUCCCAAGCUUCAGCUUCCAGUUCCCACUCCCUGCGGCUACCAAUAACUCCGCGCCGAAGACGGCUGCUCGACCUCAGCAAGGUCCUACCACCGAAACCAUAACCACAAACACUGCUCAGAGCCAAGAGCUACGUACCAAAGCCGAAAAGGCUGGAGCCAUUGCGCGGGAGCGCAUGGCAGAGUUCCAAGGUCCCCACCGUCACUCCACUGGUCCGUCCACAGCCCGGGCUCCAGUUGAAAAAGAUCUGACUCGUUCUUAUGGCGGCUAUACCUAUCGCAAGUAA